AUGGCGGCAGGAUUGCAGGUGUUCGGGCAGCCGGCAUCGACCGACGUUGCCAGGGUGCUGACCUGCCUCUUCGAGAAGGACCUCGAGUUCGAGCUCGUCCGCAUCGACACCUUCAAGAAGGAGCACAAGCUCCCCGAGUUCAUCAAGCUUCGGGAUCCUACUGGACAAGUGACUUUCAAGCAUGGUGACAAAACUCAUGUUGAUUCAAGGGCUAUAUGCCGAUACCUGUGCACCCAGUUCCCGGAAGACGGCAACCGCGCGAUCUACGGCACUGGAUCACUGGAGCGCGCAUCCAUUGAACAAUGGCUCCAAGCGGAAGCUCAGAGCUUUGACGGCCCGAGCUCCCAGCUUGUCUUCCACCUAGCGUUCGCGCCGCAGCUGAAUUUGAUCCCUGACGAGGCCCAGAUCACUGAGAACGAGAGGAAGCUGCAGCAGAUGCUCUGUGUUUAUGAUGAGAUCCUGGCCAAGAACCAGUAUCUCGCCGGCGACGAGUUCACCCUCGCCGACCUGUCCCACUUGCCAAGCUCCCACUACAUCACCAGCACCCAGAGGGGCAGGAAGCUCUUCACCUCCAAGAAGCACGUUGCCAGGUGGUACGACGCCAUCUCCAGCCGCCCUUCGUGGCAGCAGGUGGUCAAGAUGCAGAGCGAGCACCCCGGCACGUUCGAGUGA